GUGGUGGUGAGGGAACACUGGCCUCACCACCACCACCACCGCCACACCUCCGUCGGCCACAGCCAUACCCACACGCACACUCCACUCCGCUGCCCUGCCCGACUCACCACCACCACCACCACCACUCACGGACCGAGACAGGGAGGGAGACAUCUCAGACAAGGCGAGGGGGAGGUGAGGGAUCGACGCCGCCACCAACCCACCAGACCAGACAAGCAGCAGUGAUCCACCGUAUAAAUAGCCAGCGUCUUUGAACUGGCUGAGUGAGGCGCGCGUGUGAAGUUUGAGUGAGGUGCGUUCGUGUGUGUGGCGAGUGAGUGUGUGUGUGUUUGUGUGUGAUACGCGCGCACCUCCAUUUGAAUCCGUGAACCAUCAACCGGGGAAAGACAUAUAGAUAGAUAGAAAGAUAGAGCUAACAGAAAUGACAGUAUCCUAAAGACGGUACCGUAGAAUUCCAAGAGAUAGCAAGACAAUUGCGUAACUAUCUCUCUUUCGCUUUAUCUCUGUGUGUGUGGCAAAGAUCAUAGGAAAGACAGUAUCCUAAGGGCGGUACCGUAGAAUUCCAAGAGAUAGGAAGACAAGGGCGUAACUAUCUCUCUCUUUCGCUCUCUGUGUGUGUGGCAAAGAUCAUAGGAAAGACAGUAUCCUAAGGGCUGUACCGUAAAAUUCCAAGAGAUAGGAAGACACAAAGGCGUAACUAUCUCUCUCUUUCGCUCUCUCUGUGUGUGUGGCAAAGAUCAAAGGAAAGACAGAAAAGACAGUAUCCUAAGGGCGGUACCGUACAAUUCCAAGAGAUAGCGAGACACAAGGGCGCAACUAUCUCUCUUUCCCUCUAUCUCCGUGUGUGUGGCAAAGAUCAAAGGAAGGACAGAGCGAGUGGAACAUUUCGCAAACCUGACAGUAACUAAGGACGUUGAGGACAGAAGGGGAGGAGGACCAACCAAGAGACCGAAAAAGAACCAAAGGGUGUGACUCUCCUGGCUCCCUGUGGCGACGCAAACGUGAAUAAAUAAAGAUAAAAGAGUUAAAAGAGUUCGCAGGAGGGAACAUAAACACUAGUAGGAAGUCCUCGUGAAUGAAACAGAGCGCAGGACAAAGAAAGUGACGUACGAGCUCUAUACAAAGAAAAUAGGGAGAGUUGUAAGCCGCAGAGGGAAACAGAGACAAUAAAGGAAAUAUAUCGAAGUCGUAAAGGAAAGAAGAAAGACAGCUGAAUUGAGGGGCGUGACUACCUCUCCCAACCCUCUCUGUGCUCUCUUACUGGCGGCACGGGAAAGGGAGACAUGUAAAAACGCAUACGGUGAGGGAGGAAAAAGCUGUCUACGGGGAGGUGAGUGAAGGAGAUCGAGGCGGAACCGUACGGAGGGCGAGAUGGGCCGACGGAACGCUACCAAGGCGGAGGGGAUGAAGACUCCUAUUACUUCUACUUCUGCCGGCUCCUCCAUGCCCCUCCUCCUCCUCCUCCUCCUGGUCCUCACACCCACGUAUACCCUCGCUGAUGACCCUCGGCAGGACGCUAUGACCUCUGUGCUACGCGAGGUCACGGGCCAGCUGGAGCGAUUCAACUCCCUCUACAUCAACAAGCUAGAGCGGGAGUUGUCGGCGAGCGCGGCGAGGAUGGCGGCGCUGGAGGCUACCGUCAGGAGCGUGGCCGACCGCGCCGCCGCCUGGGACAACAUCCAAAACCAUAUGGCCGUUUGGACCGACCAGUCACGCACCAUGGAGAGGAAACUGGACCUUCUUAACAGGUGCCACGAGAAGCAGGCGUCGUGGGAGGAGCGCCUGAGUGCUGUGGACGCCCUCAACCACAAGCUGACGGCGCUAGACAAGAAGAUCAACGCGAUGACGAGACUCGAGUUCAAGGUGGAGCAAGUGUCCGAGCGGGUGGAGGAGGUGGACUCGACGGUGAAGUGGGUGAAGAAGCGGAUGGGAGCGCCUGACCACCCCGUCCUGACCCAGUUCGCGGGGCGUGGCGUGCUGUCGUCCCUCCUUAGCAUCGAGCACCGCCUGGGCAACCUCUCGCGAAGGAUAGCUGACGGAGGCGUUGACGUAGGCGCGGCAGGAGGAGCAGGAGGAGGAGGAACACCGUUGUCAUCGUAUAUUAAAGCUAAUGUGUUCGGGUCCAGGGGGGGCCGUCCCAGCAGACCCCCGGUGGAGCCCGAGCCGGGGGUGUCCUUCCCCCCACACGAGCACGCCCGCGACCUUCGUGGCGGCGGCGGCGGCGGCGUAGGAGGCGUCGGCGAGUGCGUCCUCCACCCCCAGGACUCUCGGCGCCUGCAGGACGUGAGCGCGAAGGUGGAUUUAGUCUUCGACCGCCUGACGGACCCCGACUACGAGUACGACUACUUCGUCAGCCAGGUCCAGCAGAGGGCAGCACCGUUACACUCCGCCCCGCAGCGUCAGGAGGAGGAUGAGGACACGACCCCCGAGCACCUCUUCGCCAGGUUUUGGAAGAGCAUGUUCGCGCCCUUCAAGAACCUCAAACGGCGACUUCGGGGCUUCGAGACUCAGCUGACCUCCGUGCACAGGUCCUGCAACGAGUCUGCCGUGGGCGGCCAGGAGGCGGCGGCGGCGGUGGGGCGGGGCCUGGCGCCGCUGGGGGAGGUGAGGCAGGCCGUGCGGGAGUCACGCCAGGCCAUGACCGACCACACCACGGCGCUGCACAAGGUGGCCCAGAGCGUGAGCCAGGUGAGCACCGCGACGAACCAGGUGUUGGCGGAGGUGCAGCGAGGCUUCCAGGAGCUGGGCUCGGCCGUGCGGGACGGCUUCAGGGUCACCCACGACGUCACCCGGCAGUACUGCACCGGCGACUCCCGCCAGCCGGCCACGCCGCCGCCGCCGCCGCCGCCGUCACCGCCGCCGCCGUCACCACCACCGCCGCCCACCUUGCCCAGAGCAGAGGACGAGCGGCGCCAGCACCUGCAGCGGACCACGCGUAGACGCUAUAACACUCGCUACUCGUACAACGUAAUCGUCCCCGCCGGCAGCAAGCGGUGGGGCGGCAAGAGGAAGGGCCGCGUCCUGCGUCCCGGCAAGACGCCCUCAGUCCAGCAGCGUGGCGUGAGGGCGAGGGCGCGGGCGGGGGGCAGGAGGCGGGGGCGGCGCGGCGCGGCGGCCGCCACACAGCCCACCAGCAAUGGCGGCCGUGACGGCGACUACGGCGGGCGUGACGAGGUGGUGCGCAGAGCGGGCGGCCGGACCAGGGACUGCUCGGACCUGCUAGCGGAGGGCAACACCCGCUCCGGCGUGUACUCCUUCACGCCCUCAGCCCUCCACCGCGCCUCCUACGGCCACGACUACUACACCAGGUACUGUGACCAGGGCACGGGCGGCGGCGGCUGGACGGUGGUGCAGCGGCGGGGUCUGCCGGGGCCGCCCUACCACAACUUCACGGAGGACUGGUACGGCUACAAGGAUGGCUUCGGCGACCUGACGAGGGAGUUCUGGUGGGGCAACGAUAACAUCCACAGGCUGACGCAGGAGCAGAGAAUGAUGAUUCGCUUCGACCUCUGGGACUUCGAGGGCAACCACGCCUUCGCCGAGUACUUGAGCUUCAGUGUCGGGGCCGAGCAUGACAACUACCGGCUGCAGGUGUACGACUACCGGGGCAAUGCGUCGGACAGCUUCUCGGCGCACAACGACUACCUCUUUUCGACGUACGACCGCGACAAUGACGAGGCGCCUGAAUGCUGCCCCUGCGCGCCGGCUUAUGGAGGAGGCUGGUGGUUCUACAGCUGUUUCGAGAGCAACCUGAACGGGGAGUACCACACGAGACCCAGCGAGCACCAGUACCGCGGCAUCAUAUGGGAGAUGUGGCUCGGCGACUACUCCCUGCGCGCCACCGAGAUGAAGGUCCGCCCAGCAUCCUUCUCCUUCUCCAGCCGGGCCAGCGAAGAACCCUCCCGCCCCCAGCCUCCGCCCCCGCCCCCACCCCCCACCUACCCACCAUCUGCCCCUGGCCCCUACCCGACCCUGCCUGAGCUCCCCCUCCGCCAGCCAUGAUGAUUGAUAUGGACACUUCAUUUUCCCUUUUUUGUUUUGUUUUUUUUGAUUCCUGUAGUUUUUUUCUUCUUUUUUUUUUGUUCCUCUGUCUGAGCUUCUACGAUCUGCGCUUAUGAAGAUGACUCUCCCUUUUUUUUUGCUUUUUACUCUAUUCAUCUUUUCUUCACUGUCUUCAUUUUUCAUUUUCAUCUUUCUUCUUCUCAUUUUCUUCUUUUCUUCUUUUUCAUUUUCUACUCUAAUCACCUUCUAAUCGUCUUCAGUUCUCAUUUUCUUCUUAUUUGGUUUUUACUCUUCACCUUCCCUUCCCUACUGUCUUCCGUUCUCAUUUUCACAGCCAGAGUCACUCAUAUGCGCUGUGGCCUCACUGUCACUGUUGUACCAGAGAGAGGAAUAGAGAGGAAAAAGAAAUGAAAGAGGAAUGUGUAGCAAGUUUUCAGGGAACCAUCUGAGCCAAGUGUUACUGAGGUCCAUGGGUACUAAUCUGUCAUGAGGCUUUGCUGAGGUGUGAGGCAGAGUGACGAGAGGGGCGCUGAGUGUUCCUAGAGACUCCCUGUGAUGCUGUUCUGGAGUGAGGUGGAUGGGCAUUGAUUGUACUGAGGCUUGAUUAGGUGAUUAACCCGGUAGCAGCGACGUGCCAAAUUUGUCUUUAUUAUGUGAAGAUUCAUGAGUGCAGCUUUUUUUUUUUUUUAC